AAUGCCCGCCCAGUCGAGUGCCAACUGCAAAGUAUCGCAGACGCAUCUAUUGGAUUAUAAUCGGCGUCAACAUUGUUUUUAUUUUUUUGUUGACAGCGGUGUUAAGUUGCCUGUAAGUUCAAAUAAAGAUGUCUGUACUAAGGGCAAUCGCCGUGUUCCUCUGCGGGUUCCUGUCUCUCAGGAUAUGCAGGGCACAGAUUGUCUUCCCUGGUACCUGUCCAGAUGUUGAAGCGAUGAAAAACUUUGACGCUGAGCGAUACUUAGGUAGGUGGUACGAGGUAGAAAAAUAUUUCGCAUUCUUCGAGCUCGGCGGGCGAUGCAUCACAGCUGACUACGGACAGAAAGAUGACUUGAUUACUGUUACGAAUAAGCAAAUCAAUAACAUAACUGGGUCUACCAAUGAAAUAAAGGGAUAUGCGACUAAAGAAAGCGGGGAAGCAGAUGAAGCGAAGCUCUCCGUAUACUUCCCAAAGAUGCCGAUCAACAUCGCCGCCCCCUACUGGAUUGUUGGCACCGACUACGAUAGCUAUUCCGUCAUAUGGAGCUGCUACGAAUUUGGAACGCUAUUUAACACACGAAACGCCUGGAUAUUGACGAGGCAACGAAAUCCUCCAAAAUCGGUACUAAAGGCGGCGUAUAAAGUUACUAAAGAGAACAACAUCGAUCAGUCUUACUUCACUAAAACCGAUCAGACAAAUUGCACGGUUAUUGAAGACGAAGAUUAAGCUGUAUGAAGUAAAUUAUUUAUGCUAUUAUAAUAUUAGAAAGGAUUCUAUGUCAUUAGUACCUGACCGAAGUUUCUUGGCUUCAAAAGGUACUAGCAUUUAUUUUUGCUACGACGAAAGUUUUUGUGGAUUUCCACUCUCGAAACACGUGUAUAAAACAGUGUAAUUCCUCUCAUUUUGUUUAAUAAAACAGAGAGAACGAUAUAGUUUAAUAAAAUAAAAUUUCACAAUAAAAGGACCACUACUUUAUAAAUGGUUGGCUUAUGUUGUUUUAAACAAAAACGUAAAUAAUUUUAAAAGCGUUAUUUAGUAUUGUGGAAUUAAAAUUUAAUUAUAGGCAUAUGUUUCAAAAUAUUCCGGCUUUUCGAAUAUGUACUUUAAGAUUUCAUAUCUAUUUAUUUUUUAACCGAUAAGAAGUCGGUUUUGCCUAUAAAUUUUGUCAUUUACAAAGUAACACCCUAUACAUAUCACCCCCUAUAA